CCCAGGGACAGGCUGCUUCUUCAACAGGUGUGAGAAAACUUCAGGAUGACGGUCACACCGGACGUCAGACUGGAGUAUCUGGAGGGAGUGGCUUCAACCAUCCUCAAGUUCAAGCCGGACAAGUGGAAUAAAAUGGUCGGAGUGGAGGAGAACAUGGCUCUGUUCACCGAGUUCUUCGAGAAGCCCGACGUCUCGGUUCUGGUGCUGACGCUGAGCCCCGCCGGCAUGGUCGUGCCCUGCCUGGGCUUCCCGGCCUCCCUCAAGUCCAAGGGGCUGUACUUCAUCAAGCAGAAGCCCGAGCAGGUCAGCAAGGACAACUACAGGGACUGCCUGGUCUACGGGGACAUCAGCCCCGCGCCCGUGGACCAGCUCAUCGCCGUCGUGGAGGAGGUCCUGUAUUCUCUGUUUAACCAAAGCGAAAACAUGAGCGGGUGGCCCCGUGUGGUCUCGGAAGAUGUCGUGAAGCAGGUGCACAAGCUGAAGAACGAGAUGUUUGUGAUGGGGGGCAAGAUCAAGGGGAAGACCCUGCUGCCCAUCCCGGAGCACCUGGGGAGCCUGGACAGCACGCUGGAGUCCAUGGACAGGAUCCCCUCCACCCUGGACAACUCGCUGCUGCACGCCAUCGAAACCAUCAUCAUCGACUGGUCCCACCAGAUCCGGGACGUGCUGAGCAAAGACUCAGCCCAGGCCCUGCUGGACGGGCGGCACCCCCUGCCCCAAGCAGAGUUUGAAUUCUGGGACAGCCGGCUGAGGAACCUCAAGUGCAUCCAUGAGCAGCUCAACAGGCCUAAAGUGAACAAAAUCGUCGAGAUCCUGGAAAAAGCCAAAAGCUGCUACUGGCCAGCCCUGCAAAACGUGUAUAUGAACGUCACAGAAGGCCUGAAGGAAGCCAGCGAUAUUGUCCUGUAUCUGAAGCCUCUGCAGAUCUUGCUGGAGGAGAUGGAACAGGCCGACUUCACGAUGCUGCCGACCUUCAUCACCAAGGUGCUGUGCACCGUCUGCUUCAUCUGGGCCACCUCCGGGCACUACAACACGCCCUCCAGGAUCAUCGUCAUCCUGCAGGAGUUCUGCAACCAGCUCAUUGAGAUGACACGGACCUACCUGAGCCCCGAGGAGGUGCUGAAGGGCCUGGAGGGUGAAAUCGAAGAGGUCCUGGGCGCCAUCUCUCUGUCAGUGAACGUGCUGAAGGAGCUGUACCGGGCCUACGACUUCUGCUGCGCAAACAUGAAGCUGUUCUUCAAGAGGGACAAGGAGCCCGUGCCUUGGGAAUUCCCUUCGUCCCUUGCGUUUUCCAGGAUCAACACCUUCUUCCACCGCGUCCAGACCAUUGAGGAUCUUUAUAAAACAGCCAUUGAGUUUCUGAAGCUGGAGAAGAUCGAGAUUGGAGGCGUGCGGGGGAACAUCCUGGGAAGCCGGGUCACUCAGCUCUGCGAGGAGGUCUUCGAGCUGGUGAAGGUUUUCGCCGACUGCAGAUACGACCCCUUGGACCCUGGAGAUUCGAGUUUUGAUGAUGAUUAUGCUGAUUUUGAGACCAAAAUUCAAGACCUGGACAGGAGACUGGCCACGAUCUUUUGCCAAGGGUUUGACGACUGCAGUUCCAUUGAGUCCUGUGCAAAGCUGCUGUACAUGUGCGGUGGCCUCUUGGAACGGCCACUGAUCCUCGCCGAGGUGGUGCCCCGGUACUCGGUCAUGCUGGAGCUGUUUGACGCUGAGUUGGACAACACCAAGAUCCUGUAUGACACCCAGAUUGCGGCCUCGGCAGACAGGAACAUCCCCCCCAUCCAUAAAAACAUGCCUCCGGUGGCCGGACAGCUCAAGUGGAGCCUGGAGCUGCAGGAGAGGCUGGAGGGCCCCAUGAGGGACCUCAAACACAUCGAGCACCCGGUCAUGUCCAGCGUGGAGGCCAAGCUGAUCUACCAGAAAUACGAUGAGAUGAUGGAGCUGUUGAGAAGCUACCGAGAGAGGAUCUACCAGCAGUGGGUGGCGGGGGUGGACCAGGACUGCCACUUCAACCUGGGGCAGCCCCUGAUCCAGCGGGACCCCGUCACUGGCCUCAUCCGCGUCAACUUCAGCAAAGCGUUGGUGGCAGUGCUGAGAGAGGUCAAGUACUUGAACUUCCAGCAACAAAAAGAGAUCCCCAGCAGCGCUGAGAAUCUGUACUCACAGUAUGAAACCUUCCGGAAGUUUGUGGGCAACCUGGAGCUCAUUGUCGGCUGGUACGAUGAGAUAAAGACCACCAUGAUGGACGUAGAAUUUCCACUGAUAAAGUCAGAGCUGGAAGCAAUCGAUGUCAAAUUACUGGAUGCCGAAACAACACUGUACUGGAAUGGAGAUGGUGUAUUUGAAUAUAUUCAAGAGAUGCGGGAAAUUCUACACAACUUGCAGAACAGGAUACAGAAGGCAAAGCGAAAUGUAGAGGGAGUUUCCCAGGCCAUGAAGGACUGGUCGGCCAACCCGAUGUUUGAGAGGAAGGACAACAAGAAAGAGGCCCUGCUUGACUUGGAUGGGAGGGUGACCAAUCUAACCAAGCGCUACACUGCGGUCAAGGAUGCCGGCCUGAAGAUCCAGGCCAUGGUCGCGGAAAACGCCGACCUCUUCAGAGCCGACGUGACAAGCCAGUCCUGGAAAGAUUAUGUCAGCUACAUUGACAGCAUGGUCUUAGAGGAAUUUGAAUGUUUCAUUCGCAAGUCUCUAAAUUACCUAAUGGACAGCAUGGUUGUCGAUGAGAGUGUCGCGCCGCUGUUUGAGGUUCACAUGGAGCUAGAGGAGGACGGGCUGGUCUUCAGUCCGUCCCUGGAGGUCAGCGGGGACUAUGGCUUCCUGGAGCUGAUUGGGAGCCUGGUCACUGACAUCUACAACGUGGCCAAGCUCAUCCCCCGGCUGGCCAAGGGCAGGAUGAGCUACAAGACCGACCUGGAAGACAUGACGGACCUCAUAGAGAUGCGAGAGGAGAUAUCCAGCCUGGUGAUCACCGCCAUGAAGGAGGCCGAGGAGUACCAGGACUCCUUCGAACGCUACUCCUACCUCUGGAUGGACGACCCCCAGGAGUUCAUGAAGAACUUCCUCACCUACGGGCGUGCCAUCAGCCCAGAGGACUUGGACACCCGGGCCGAGGAGACCCUCCCGAAGACGCCGCCCACCCUCACGCAGUUCCAGCAGCAGAUCGACUCCUACGAGAAGCUGUACGAGGCGGUGUCCAGGUGCGGGAACACCAAGGUGUUCAGCGGCUGGCUGCAGUGUGACUGCCGCCCCUUCAAGCAGGCGCUCCUCAACACCAUCAAGCGCUGGAGCUUCAUGUUCAAGCGCCACCUGAGCAACCACGUCGUCAACAGCCUUGCUGACCUGGAAGCCUUCAUGAAAGUUGCCAGGGCGGGCCUGACGAAGCCCGUCAAGGAGGGGGACUAUGACGGCCUCGUGGAGGUGAUGGGGCAUCUGAUGAAGGUCAAGGAGAGGCAGACAGCCACCGACAACAUGUUCGAGCCCCUGAAGCAGACCAUCGAACUGCUCAAGUCCUACGGGGAGGAGAUGCCCGAGGAGGUGCACAUGAAGCUGCAGGAACUGCCGGAGCAGUGGACGAACACCAAGAAGCUGGCCAUCCAGGUGAAGCAGAACGUGGCGCCCCUGCAGGCCAAUGAGGUCAGCAUCCUGAGGAGGAAGUGCCAGCAGUUCGAACUAAAGCAGCACGAGUUCAGAGAGAAGUUCAGACAAGAAGCCCCAUUCAGCUUCAGUGACCCCGACCCCUACAAGUCCCUGAAUAAGCAACAAAAGAGCAUCGUGGCCAUGGAAGGCAUCAUGGAGGCGCUGUGCAAGUCCGGGAGCCUGUUUGAAGUCACCGUCCCAGACUACAAGCAGCUCAAGGCUUGUCACAAAGAGGUCCGCCUGCUGAAGGAGCUCUGGGACAUGAUCAUCAUGGUCAACACCAGCAUCGAUGGCUGGAAGACCACGAAGUGGAGGGACAUCAACGUUGAGCAGAUGGACAUUGACUGUAAGAAGUUUGCCAAGGACGUGCGGUCCCUGGACAAGGAGAUGAAGAGCUGGGACGCCUUCGUGGGGCUGGACAACACCGUGAAGAACAUGAUCACGUCCCUGCGCGCCGUGAGCGAGCUGCAGAACCCCGCCACCCGCGACCGCCACUGGCAGCAGCUCAUGCAGGCCACCCAGGUGAAAUUUGAAAUGUCCGAGGAGACCACCCUGGCGGAUUUACUCCGGCUGAACCUACACAGAUACGAGGACGAGGUCCGGAACAUUGUCGACAAGGCCGUGAAGGAGUCCGGGAUGGAGAAGGUGCUGAAAGCCCUGGACAGCACCUGGUCCGCCAUGGAGUUUGAGCACGAGCCGCACCCGCGGACCGGCACCAUGAUGCUCAAGUCGGACGAGGUGCUGGUGGAGACGCUGGAGGACAACCAGGUGCAGCUGCAGAACCUGAUGACGUCCAAGUACCUGUCCCACUUCCUGCAGGAGGUGACGAGCUGGCAGCAGAAGCUGUCCACGGCGGACUCGGUCAUCUCCAUCUGGUUCGAGGUGCAGAGAACGUGGAGCCACCUGGAGAGCAUCUUCAUCGGCUCGGAGGACAUCCGCACCCAGCUGCCGGAGGACUCCAGGCGCUUCGACGACAUCGACCUGGAGUUCAAGGCCUUGAUGGAAGAUGCAGUGAAAACGCCCAAUGUGAUUGAAGCCACCAACAAACCUGGCCUCUACAACAAACUUGAGACCCUGAAGAAGAGCUUGGCCGUGUGCGAAAAGGCCUUGGCCGAAUACUUAGAGACGAAAAGACUGGCUUUCCCAAGGUUCUACUUUGUCUCCUCGGCCGACCUCCUAGACAUUCUGUCCAACGGGAAUGACCCCGUGGAGGUAGGCGGGCCCCCGACAUUCCGAAAACAGGCCGACUUCAGCUGGAUGGAGUCAACCCCCGCCCUGUCCUCCGCGGCCCAGGGCUACUGCUCCUUGGGCCGCACCCUCCGGGAUCCACCAGACACCUUGGUGGCCACCCCACUCCCAUCUCUAGGGAUUCUUGAGAAGCCUCUGGAGAAGAAAUCCGGGCGGAAUUACGGGCCGCCAGGCACCAAGAAGCUGAUCUACUUCAUCGACGACAUGAACAUGCCCGAGGUGGACAAGUACGGGACGGUGGCCCCGCACACCCUCAUCCGGCAGCACAUGGACCACGGGCACUGGUAUGACAGGCAGAAGCUGACGCUGAAGGACGUCCACAACUGUCAGUAUGUGGCGUGUAUGAACCCCACCUCUGGCUCCUUUACCAUCGACCCCCGGCUUCAGCGCCACUUCUGUGUAUUUGCCGUGAGCUUCCCGGGCCAGGAGGCCCUCAUGACCAUCUACAGCACCAUCCUGACCCAGCACCUGGUCUGUCGCUCGGUCCCCAUGGCGGUCCAGAGGAUGAGCGGCCAGCUGGUGGCCUCCGCCCUGGCCCUGCACCAGAAAGUCACAUCAACGUUUCUUCCCACCGCCAUCAAGUUUCACUAUGUCUUCAACCUCAGGGACCUCUCCAAUAUUUUCCAGGGCCUCCUAUUCUCUUCCGCAGAGAUCCUGAAAAUCCCACUGGACCUCGUCCGCCUCUGGCUGCACGAAGCCGAGCGAGUGUACGGCGACAAGAUGGUGGACGAGAAGGACCAGACAACGCUGCUCAGGGUCACCAUGGCUUCCACCAAGAAGUUCUUCGACGACCUCGGUGAGGAGCUCUUAUUCGCCAGACCGAACAUCUACUGCCACUUCGCUCAAGGGAUCGGCGAUCCCAAGUACCUCUCGGUGACCGACGUGGCUCAGCUGAACAAGCUCCUGAUGGACGUCCUGGACAGUUACAACGAGGUCAACGCGGUCAUGAACCUGGUGCUGUUCGAGGAUGCGGUGGCUCACAUCUGCAGGAUCAACCGCAUCCUGGAGGCCCCGCGGGGGAACGCCCUGCUGGUGGGGGUGGGCGGCAGCGGCAAGCAGAGCCUCUCGCGCCUGGCCGCCUACAUCAGCGCGCUGGACGUGUUCCAGAUCACCCUCAAAAAGGGAUACGGGAUCCCCGACCUCAAGCUCGACCUCGGCGCUCAGUACAUCAAGUCGGCCGUGAAGAACGUUCCCUCGGUGUUCCUGAUGACAGACUCCCAGGUGGCCGAGGAGCAGUUUCUGGUGCUGAUCAACGACCUGCUGGCCUCGGGGGAGAUCCCGGGGCUGUUUGGGGACGAGGAGCUGGAGAACAUCAUCUCCUCCAUGCGGCCCCAGGUGAAGUCCCUCGGCCUGACGGACACCCGGGAGGCGUGUUGGAAGUUCUUCAUCGACAAAGUGCGCAAGCACCUCAAGGUGAUUCUAUGUUUCUCCCCCGUGGGCUCCGUCCUGCGUGUCCGAGCAAGAAAAUUCCCUGCUGUGGUCAACUGCACAGCCAUCGACUGGUUCCACGAGUGGCCGGAGGACGCCCUGGUGUCCGUCAGCGCUCGCUUCUUGGAGGACACGGAGGGGAUUCAGCCGGAAGUCAAGGCCUCCAUCAGCCUCUUCAUGUCCCACGUGCACACGACCGUCAAUGAGAUGUCCAAGGUGUACCUGGCCACCGAGAGGCGCUACAACUACACCACACCCAAAACCUUCCUGGAGCAGAUCAAACUGUACCAGAGCCUGCUGGCCAAGAAGAGGAUGGAGCUGGUGGCCAAAAUCGAGAGGCUGGAGAACGGCCUGAUGAAGCUGCAGAGCACGGCCUCCCAGGUGGAUGACUUAAAAGCCAAGCUGGCGGUUCAGGAGGCUGAGCUCAAGCAGAAAAACGAGAAUGCGGACAAGUUGAUCCACGUGGUGGGCGUGGAAACCGAGAAGGUCAGCAAAGAGAAAGCCAUUGCUGACGAGGAAGAGGUCAAGGUGGAGGUCAUCAACAAGAAUGUCACUGAGAAACAAAAGGCCUGUGAGACGGACCUGGCCAAGGCAGAGCCGGCUCUGCUGGCUGCGCAGGAGGCCCUGGACACUCUGAAUAAGAACAAUCUGACAGAGCUGAAGUCCUUCGGGUCCCCCCCGGAUGCCGUGGUCAACGUCACAGCCGCCGUCAUGAUUCUGACUGCUCCCGGGGGCAAGAUCCCCAAGGACAAGAGCUGGAAGGCUGCGAAAAUCAUGAUGGGCAAGGUGGACACCUUCCUGGACUCCUUGAAGAAGUUUGACAAGGAGCACAUCCCUGAGGCCUGCCUGAAAGCGUUUAAGCCCUACCAGGGCAACCCCACCUUCGACCCCGAGUUCGUCCGCUCCAAGUCCACGGCCGCCGCGGGCCUGUGCUCCUGGUGCAUCAACAUCGUGCGCUUCUACGAGGUCUACUGCGACGUGGCCCCCAAGAGGCAGGCGCUGGAGGAGGCCAACGCCGAGCUGGCGGAAGCACAGGAGAAGCUCUCCCGCGUCAAAAAUAAGAUCGCGGAACUCAAUGCCAACCUUAGCAACCUGACGUCAGCGUUUGAAAAAGCAACCGCGGAGAAAAUCAAGUGUCAGCAGGAGGCAGACUCCACCAAUAGGGUGAUCUCGUUGGCUAACAGGCUGGUAGGAGGACUGGCUUCGGAAAACGUCCGCUGGGCCGAAUCGGUGGAGAACUACAAGGGCCAGGGGGUCACCCUGUGCGGGGACGUACUGCUGAUUUCCGCCUUCGUGUCCUACGUGGGCUACUUCACCAAGAAGUACCGAAAUGAGCUGAUGGAGCGCUUUUGGAUCCCUUACAUAAAUCAACUGAAGGUCCCCAUCCCGACCACGGAGGGUCUGGACCCCUUGAGCCUGCUGACCGACGAUGCGGACGUGGCCACCUGGAACAACCAGGGGCUCCCCAGCGACCGCAUGUCCACGGAGAACGCCACCAUCCUGUGCAACACGGAGCGCUGGCCCCUCGUCGUGGACGCCCAGCUGCAGGGGAUCAAGUGGAUCAAGAACAAAUACGGCAGCGAGCUGAAGGUCAUCCGCCUGGGGCAGAAGAGCUACCUGGACAUCAUCGAGCAGGCCGUCUCAGAAGGGGGCACCUUGCUCAUUGAGAACAUUGGCGAGACUGUGGACCCCGUGCUGGACCCUCUGCUGGGCAGGAACACGAUCAAAAAGGGAAAGUUCAUUAAGAUCGGUGACAAGGAGGUGGAGUACCACCCCAAGUUCCGCCUGAUCCUGCACACCAAGUACUUCAACCCCCACUACAAGCCCGAGAUGCAGGCCCAGUGCACCCUGAUCAACUUCCUGGUCACCAGGGACGGGCUCGAGGACCAGCUCUUGGCCGCCGUAGUGGCCAAAGAGCGCCCGGAUCUGGAGCAGCUGAAGGCAAACCUCACCAAGUCACAAAAUGAAUUUAAGAUUGUCCUGAAGGCGCUGGAAGACUCCCUGCUGGCCCGGCUGUCGGCCGCGUCGGGGAGCUUCCUGGGGGACACUGCCCUAGUAGAGAAUCUGGAAACCACCAAACACACAGCCAGCGAGAUCGAGGAGAAGGUACAAGAGGCCAAAAUCACAGAGGUUAAAAUCAACGAGGCGAGAGAGAGCUACCGGCCAGCGGCAGAGAGGGCGUCCCUGCUGUACUUCAUCCUGAGCGACCUCAACAAGAUCAACCCCAUCUACCAGUUCUCGCUCAAGGUGCGGCCGCGCCCGGGCCGGGAGCCCGCCGUCCGGAAGCGCGUCAUCAACCUGAUGGACGAGAUCACCUACUCCGCCUACAUGUACACGGCCCGCGGGCUCUUCGAGCGAGACAAGCUCAUCUUCCUGGCACAGGUGGCGUUUCAGGUCUUGUCCAUGAAGAAAGAGCUGAACCCGGUGGAGCUGGAUUUCCUCUUGCGGUUCCCGUUCAAGGCUGGGGUCGUGUCACCGGUGGACUUCCUGCAGAAUCAGGCCUGGGGCGGCAUCAAGGCCCUCGCGGAGAUGGACGAGUUCAAGAACCUGGACAGCGACAUCGAGGGGUCCGCCAAGCGGUGGAAGAAGCUCGUGGAGUCGGAAGCCCCAGAAAAGGAGAUCUUCCCCAAGGAGUGGAAGAACAAAACGGCCCUGCAGAAGCUCUGCAUGGUGCGGUGCAUGCGGCCAGACCGCAUGACCUACGCCAUCAAGAACUUCGUGGAGGAGAAGAUGGGCAGCAAGUUCGUGGAGGGCCGGAGCAUCGAGUUCUCCAAGUCCUACGAGGAGAGCAGCCCGUCCACUCCGAUCUUCUUCAUCCUCUCCCCGGGGGUGGACCCCCUGAAGGACGUGGAAGCCCUGGGGAAAAAGCUGGGAUUUACCAUAGACAAUGGGAAGCUCCAUAACGUGUCCCUGGGGCAGGGGCAGGAGGUGGUGGCGGAGAACGCCCUGGACGUGGCUGCGGAGAAGGGACACUGGGUCAUCCUGCAGAACAUCCACCUGGUGGCCCGGUGGCUGAGCACCCUGGACAAGAGGCUGGAGCGGUUCAGCACCGGCAGCCACCAUGAUUACCGCGUGCUCAUCAGCGCCGAGCCAGCCCCGAGCCCAGAGGCCCACAUCAUCCCCCAGGGCAUCCUGGAAAACGCCAUCAAGAUCACCAAUGAGCCACCCACAGGCAUGUACGCCAACCUGCACAAGGCCCUGGACCUCUUCACCCAGGACACCCUGGAGACGUGUACCAAGGAGAUCGAGUUCAAGUGCAUUCUCUUCGCCCUGUGCUACUUCCAUGCCGUGGUGGCCGAGAGGCGCAAGUUCGGGGCCCAGGGCUGGAACAGGUCGUACCCCUUCAACAACGGGGACCUCACCAUCUCCAUCAGCGUGCUCUACAACUACCUGGAGGCCAACGCGAAGGUGCCCUGGGACGACCUCCGCUACCUCUUUGGGGAGAUCAUGUACGGCGGCCACAUCACCGACGACUGGGACCGCCGGCUCUGCAGGACGUACCUGGCAGAGUAUGUCCGGGCAGAGAUGCUGGAGGGGGAGAUCCUGCUGGCCCCCGGCUUCCAGAUCCCCCCCAACCUGGACUACAAGGGCUACCACGAAUACAUCGACGAGAACCUGCCCCCUGAGAGCCCCUACCUGUACGGCCUACAUCCCAACGCGGAGAUUGGGUUCCUGACAGUCACCUCGGAGAAGCUGUUCCGCACUGUCCUGGAAAUGCAGCCCAAAGAGACUGACACGGGGGCAGGCACCGGCGUGUCCCGUGAGGAGAAGGUGAAGGCCGUGCUGGACGAGAUCCUGGAGAAGAUCCCGGAGACGUUCAACAUGGCCGAGAUCAUGGCCAAGGCAUCCGAGAAGACCCCCUACGUGGUCGUGGCCUUCCAAGAAUGUGAAAGAAUGAACAUCCUAACCAACGAAAUGCGCCGCUCGCUAAAGGAGCUGAACCUGGGGCUGAAGGGAGAACUGACCAUCACGACCGAUAUGGAGGACCUGUCCACAGCCCUGUUCUAUGACACCGUGCCCGACACGUGGAUGGCCCGGGCCUACCCCUCCAUGAUGGGCCUGGCGGCCUGGUACGCUGACCUGCUGCUCCGAAUUAGGGAGCUCGAGGCCUGGACAACGGACUUCGCGCUGCCCACCACGGUGUGGCUGGCCGGCUUCUUCAACCCGCAGUCCUUCCUCACGGCCAUCAUGCAGUCCAUGGCCAGGAAGAACGAGUGGCCGCUGGACAAGAUGUGUCUGUCCGUGGAGGUGACCAAGAAGAGCCGGGAGGACAUGACUGCGCCCCCUCGGGAGGGUUCCUACGUGUACGGGCUCUUCAUGGAAGGAGCUCGCUGGGACACCCAGACCGGAGUCAUCGCCGAAGCACGGCUGAAAGAGCUGACGCCGGCCAUGCCCGUCAUCUUCAUCAAGGCCAUCCCUGUGGACCGCACAGAAACCAAGAACAUCUAUGAGUGCCCGGUGUACAAAACCCGCAUCCGCGGCCCCACCUACGUCUGGACCUUUAACCUGAAGACCAAAGAGAAGGCAGCCAAGUGGAUCCUGGCCGCCGUGGCGCUGCUCCUGCAGGUCUAGCUGGCGCCGUGGGCCGGGUCCUGACCACAACUCCAAAUUUACAGUUAGAAACUCAGCCUUGCAACCACCUCUUACUUUCACAGGAACUGAUGGUUGCUUUCUGUUCUCCUAAAUAACUGAGAAUUUACAGCCACGCACAUCUGGACUAGCCAGAGGGUGGAGGGCAGUGUGGAAGAGGGGGCGUGGGUUGGAUUAAAACAAUGAAG